AUGUCUACUCAACUCACAUUCUCUGGUAGUUGCGAAUAUACUGGCUUAGCCUAUCCCAAAGAGUCCGAUCUCUACUGUAUGGCCACUAUUCAAGCUCCCGAAUAUGAAGCUGAUGAACGCAAAGAACGAGCAGGAAUUGAUCUUGUGUGCGUCAUUGAUAAAUCAGGUUCCAUGGCUGGUAGCAAGAUUGAAUUGGUCAAAUCCACUCUCGCUUUCAUGUUUGAUCAAUUGAAAUCAUCAGAUCGUGUUGCUUUGGUUGAAUUUGAUAGUUCCAUCUCUACCUCUCUCUCCUUCACCAACAUGAAUGAAGAAGGAAAACAAAAAGCCAAACAAGUCGCCAAGAACAUCCAUGCAGGAACAUGUACCAAUUUGAGUGGUGGUUUGUUUGAAGGAUUGAGAUUGAUCAAACAACGAACCACUUGCAAUGAAAUUACUUCCAUUUUGUUAUUUACGGAUGGUUUGGCGAAUGAGGGCAUAACCAACACUUCGGAAAUUGUGUCCAAAAUGAAUACGACCAUUCAUGAAGAGAUUAGAAAGCAAAUUACUUGUUUUACCUUUGGUUUUGGAUCCGAUACAGAUGCGAACAUGUUGACAUCCAUUGCACAAGCAGGAAAUGGUCUCUAUUACUUUUUGAAUAAUGUCGAUGACAUUCCAAAGGCAUUUGGUAACGUGAUUGGUGGCCUCGUGAGUGUCGUUGCACAAAAUAUCAAAGUGAAGAUUAUGCCAAAUUCAAAUGUGAAAUUGAAAAAGGUCUUUACGACAUUCAGAAAGACAGAUUUGAGUGGUGGUACUGGUUGUGAAAUUGCUGUUGGUGACAUUUACUCGGAAGAGAAGAAGGAUUUGGUCUUUGUGCUCACUGUUCCAGCAUUGAAUGGUCCUGUUGCUAUGCAAGAAUUGGCUAAAUUGCAAUUACAAUACUUUAACGUCAUUACUACUGAUAAUGAAGGAUUUGAAUUUGAAAUUAUUGUCAACAGACAAAGCAGUCAAGAUCCAGAUAAAAAGACAGCAAACUAUCAAUUGGACAUUCAACGAAACAGAGUCGAAUCUGGUGAAGCCAUGGAGAAGGCCAAGAAUCUUUCUGAUCAAGGAAAACUCGAAGAAGGACGAAAAUUACUCACUGAAGCUAUUGAAAAGAUUGAAUCAUCAGUGAGUGGUAAAGAUGAAUUCUGCGUGGGUUUAAUUAAGGAUUUGACAGACUGUAAGAAUAACAUGGUGGAUCGAACGACCUAUUCCAACGUUGGAUCAAAGAUGCUCAACAAUUAUUGGUCAGCUCAAAUGUGCCAAAGAGCUACUUCGUGUGAAUCAAGUAACACCCAAGGAGCUUAUACGAACAAGAAAAAGGCUGCCAUGACUUCUGCAUUCAGCGAAGCAUUGAAAAAGAAAUAA